AUGGGGCUCAGGACAGACAGUCACAGUUGUGACACCCGUCACAUCUCCUCAGAUGAUGUUUACGAUGAGACAACCACCGGUCAAGCUCAGCACCGGGAAGAGGAAGAGGAGAAAAAAGAGAUCUCCCACUUAAAAGAGGAAGUGGAGCAGCAGGCCCAAUAUAUUAAAGAGGAGGAGUUACAGCACCCUUGCAUGAAAGUGGAGGUGGAUGAGCCUCCUAACAUCAAAGAAGAGGAGGAGGAGGAUAUCUGCAAGACUGGUGAGAAACCUUUUGCAUGCACCGACUGUGGGCAAAGAUUCUCUCAGAAGGCAAACUUAAAACGUCACACAAGAACACAUACUGGUGAGAAGUCUUUUGAAUGCACCGACUGUGGGCAACGAUUUUCUCAAGGGGGAAACUUAAAAUGUCACACAAGAACCCACACUGGUGAGAAACCUUUUGCAUGCACCGACUGUGGGCAAAGAUUCUCUCAGAAGGCAAACUUAAAACGUCACACAAGAACACAUACUGGUGAGAAGUCUUUUGAAUGCACCGACUGUGGGCAACGAUUUUCUCAAGGGGGAAACUUAAAAUGUCACACAAGAACCCACACUGGUGAGAAACCUUUUGCAUGCACCGACUGUGGGCAAAGAUUCUCUCAGAAGGCAAACUUAAAACGUCACACAAGAACACAUACUGGUGAGAAGUCUUUUGAAUGCACCGACUGUGGGCAACGAUUAUCUGAGAAAGGAGGCUUAAAAAUAGAAACAAGAACACACACUGGUGAGAAACCUUUUGCCUGCGCAGUUUGUGGCCAAAGAUUCUCUCAAAAGGGCAGUUUAAAACGUCACACAAUAACCCACACUGGUGAGAAACCUUUUGCAUGCACUGACUGUGGCCAAAGAUUCUCUCGCAAGGGAAACUUAAGAAUACACACAAGAACACACACUGGUGAGAAACCUUUUGAAUGCACCAACUGUGGGCAAAGAUUUUCUCAAGAGGGAAGCUUAAAACGUCACACAAGAACACACGCUGGUGAGAAACCUUUUGCCUGCGUAAUUUGUGGCCAAAGAUUCUCGUGGAAGUAUCAGAUUAAGAAUCACAAGUGUGAUGAUGAGACAAGCAGUUAUCAUUGAAGUUUUCACUUCUCAUCUGAGCAGGUUUCAGGUUUGUGUGUGCCAAGGCUGAUUGUAUUUUAUGUACCUUCUCCAUGGGAGUUAGUUUUCAUUUGGUUGUGAGCUGUGGUUUUUAAAUUUAGUUUGUUGUAUUCAGAGGAGGUUAGGUCAUUGGUAUUCAUUUUUUUCCUCCUCAAAACUCAACAGUCCUUGAAUCGUAUGAAAUGUAUUUUGUCUUCAAUUUUGCUCCAUGUGCUUAUUUUUC